CGCGGGUGUUUGAAGACUGCGGGCGCGGGGUAACACGGUGGUUAUUUUUAUUUUGCAACUGCGUGUUUUUUCUCUUCACGCAAGAAAGGAAGGCGAUGAAAAAUUCGAUUGAAAGGUGGCAGAAAGUGCAUUGUUUUUGGUUUUAAACGAAAUAUGUGUGUAUUUUCGAAGGAACAUUUUUUGAUUUUACUUUGAAUAAAAGUUCGAGAUUGUGCUGGACUCGUACGCCAAAAAGUUAAUUGAAAUAAGAGCCCGUGAAACUUAAGCUCGAUUAAACAAGAAUCAACAGUUAAAGAAACCUGCAAAAUGUCGUACCGAAUUCUUCGUAAGCUGCAGGGUAACGAGCUCGAAAUUAAAGAGCAGAUCGAUGAAGUUUCCGAUGGUGCGGAUGCGGACUCGAUAGAGACCAACAGCAUUGGCAGUCAGAGUCGUAAAAAGAUCAAUAUUAAUCGUUUUGAUUUGCUCAACCAACAGCAAUCGCUUUCGGAAAGCGAAGUUAAGGAGGACGACAACGACGAAACUGAACGCGAUGGUGCCGGUGGAACGCAAAACUCCAAUCUCGUAGAGUCCAAGAAGAAGAAAAAGAAGAAGAAGAAGCGUACCGGCAAGUACGUGGCAAGCUCGGCACGGCGGAGUAGCGAAGACAACGCGGAUGCUGAAGAUGAUUUUACCAAAACCGUAAAAGAGGUGGACAAAUUGUUCGCUGAGCGGUACGGAAAGUCGGAAAAUAGCCCGGCUGCGGCGAACAAUGUCAGCAGUCAGGGAGGAUCAAGUGGGACCGGAUCGGCGAAAACGUUGCUGGGGAUUCAGCACAAGAACCUCAAUUUGCAGUACGAAAUGAAGCGGAUGUUUGGAAGCAAAGUAGUUGCCGAUCAACAAAACAAGAGACGCAAUAAUCGUGGUACACCACGGAUACUCAAGUCUACGUAUCUGGUAAACCCCAAAGAUAAUUGGCCUCCAGUGGGUAAGUCUGGCAUCUACAUGAAUUUGGUUCAAGCUCCUGAGCAACCGACAGGAAGCACUUCUAAGGGAACGUCGGACAAAAAUAUAAUCUACUUUGCCUUCGAACACAGCCCUUCGUAUCGCCAAAUUCAGCAGAAGUUUUUGAAUGCAGUUGAGAGCAUGGAUUCGGACAAUAUCAUUAAGAUUAUCAAUCAGCACCCGUAUCAUGUGGACUCACUGAUUCAGUUGAGUGAGUUGUGCAAAAUGUCCGAGGACCACGCUAUGGCGUCGGAGUUGAUCGAACAUGCUCUGCUCCCGUUGGAAUCCUCGUUUCAUACCAUGUUUAGUUUGACUCAGGGAAACUGCCGACUGGAUUAUCGUCGCCAAGAAAACCGAGCCUUGUUCGUUACGUUGUUCAAACACUCGCAGUAUCUGGAAUCCCGGGCCUGUUCCCGAACGGCUCUGGAAGUAGCUAAGUUGAUUUUAUCGUUUGAUCCGAUAAAUGAUCCUCUGGCAGUUAUAUUGAUUAUCGAUUACUAUGCGAUUCGUGCCAAACAGUACGAAUGGCUAGUUCAGCUGUACGAGGAGUGGGAGGUGACGAAUAACCUGUCGCAGCUGCCAAACAUGGCUUAUUCGUACGCGUUGGCAUUGUUCCAUCUGAAACAGAUGGAAGCAGCCGACCGUGCGCUGCAGUACGCGUUGCUAAUGUUUCCAGCGGUGCUGCGAAUGCUGCUAGAAGAGCUCUCCAUUCAAUCGGAUUCGCGUGUUGGCAGUCACAGUUAUUUUUCGGCCAAUUCAUACGACAAGGCUACCGUUGCGCUGCAGCAACUCGUUUCACUGUACGUUUGCCGAUCGAAGCUGGUCUGGCGAGAUGCAGAACUUCUGCCCUGGUUGGAGCGGAACGUCGGCAUCGUACUGGAUCGGGUGGAUGCUAAGGACGAGAUUGUUGCCGAAUAUACUGGCAAGCGGAAUCAGAGAUACAUGAAUCCACCUCGCGCAAUAUUGCGACACAUUGUAUUAUCCGAUUUUAAAGAGAAAGUACCGUUGGCGCAAUUCAUAAAGAAAGAAACGGAACCGGUUUUAAUGUACGACCCUCUGCCUCCCCUGGAUUCGAUUAACAUUUAUAAUAGGCCCACCAUAAGUCCUACGGCUCGCAACGUGAUAAAUGCAUCACCAUUUUCGAUGUUUUUCCAAUCACUUCUACCGAGUUUCAGUCUGCAGCAGCAGCAGCAGCCAGUUCAGCUGGCAAAUCGUAAUCGGGAACUUGGAGAGGGUCCUGCGGGAGGAGGAGCUGGUGCUGCUGCUGCUGCUGCCGCUGGAGCUGGAGCUGGCGGGGACGGAGCAAUUGCCAGCCUGCAAGCAUACACGAACUCGCUCAAUUCGAUUGUCGAUGCCAUGCGAGAUUUCCUGUCGGAUAUUCGCGUCCUGGAGCGACCGAACGAUGCCGAUGUAGAUGAUGAUGAGAGCACUGAUGAGAACGAACCAAACAACUAUCUGACUUAAGUUGGUGGAUGGACGAAAACAAUGGUCUAACUGGUUAGUGGCAUGUUUUUCUUUUGUUGUUUUGUAGCAUUUUUGUUUAAAAAUUAGAAACAAAUGUGUAGGUACAUGUGAUUUUGAAAUUUGAUGAAGCUAUCAAAUUUUUAGAAACAUAAUCAAUUAUUCGCUCAUUUAUUUUUAUAUAUGAAAUUCUUAUUGUUCGUUAGUCGUAGUCACAAAAGGCUUAAUAUAUCAUUGUUAUUUUGGAAUGCAAGCAUAUAAAACAAAACAAAACACUAGGAAAUCGUUCAUUUUUGACAAACAUUAAUUAUGAAUGUUAAAAUGUUAAUCCUCUUUGCACACGGCAAAUCAUUGAUUAUCGAUUCAUGAUCCAUGAUCAUCGAUAGAACCUUUUCGUAUUAUGUUUAUCACGAUUGCUAAAAAAAUAAUUAAUAACCGAAUCAAAUCAGAUUCUAUCAUAUUGUGCUGCACUGAACUGAGUUGAAAAAAAAGUCGUUUCCAAAUCUUUCAUGCAAUUAAAAACAAUACAAAUAUCAGAAUACCGCUUUUUCACACGUUCAUCGUAUUACACGAUCAAAACUAGUUCGGAUCGUAUAUUUAUCAAAAGAAAAUAAAAUCAAAUCAAUUGAUGGUAUAUAUGCAUAUAUUUACAUAAUCGUAUUGGCAACCUAAAACGGCCAUUAAUCUAUUGCUUGUACGUAAAGGUUGAAUAAAAGAAUAUAGACGUUUUAUUGAGCUUCAUCAACAUUUGUUCCGAUAUUAAGCAAGCAAGCAUAAUCCGCAUAUUUACCGAUAUGAUUCAGCCCAGAUGGUAGCGUUUAAUCUGUACGAAAUGUGACAAAAUUAAUCUUAUCAAUAUUUUCAGAUACCAUAAGAGUAAUAAAUUCGAUCAAUUCAUGAGUGGUCUUUUAUGUAACACA